UCCAAUCCAUUAUCAACUCAUCGAUCAUUCGAAAAUCCCGUUCCACUCAGCGGCUACACCUAAUGCAUAAUAAACGACGCAGCUAGACAUUCCAACAGGUGUCACGACGCUGCAGUCUGCUGCAGCCUGCAACAACGCAUCUCCCUAACCUUACGCUCUGUCAGCGACCACCAGCAAUCCCCACAGCAUCACUGCAUCCACAAUUCCAUAAACAAAAAAUGGUGAAAAUCGUGGGAAAGUACCAGCACGAGAGGAGUGAGAAUCUCGAGGAGUAUUUCAGAACUCUCGGUGUCCCGUACGUCGUCCGGAAAAUGAUGUCAAUUUCAAAUCCAAGAAUCGAAAUCAGUCAGAAUGACGACGAGUGGACGUUGAAAAAUGUCACGAUGCUUCGAACUCAGGAAAUUAAAUUCAAACUUGGAGUGGAGUACGAGGAGUUCAUGCCAGCUGGUGUCGUUCUCAAAAACAUGACGAAUCUAGAGGGAGACUGUUUGAUAACUGUUUCGAUUGGACCUGACGGGAAUAAAGUCACUCGAAAGUACGAGUUCAGGGACGAUCAGCUGAUUCUAACGAUGACGCAGGAGAAAAAUGACGUCGUCUGCACCAGAUACUUCAAGAGAAUCGAAUAAUUUCGGAAUCAUCAUCAAAUGAUAAAUGAUUGAAUAUUGUUUGAGAUAUGGGGAGGGUGUGGUCUCGCGUGUAAUCUCAUGAUGAUAAAAAAUCCGCCUCCACCCCUCACUAUCAACUGCGCAAACGUAAACAAUCCAAUCUCCCUUUCCUCCCCCUCCGAUUUAAUAUCAUUAACAGGAAAUGAAGAAAAAUGAUUUUUUUUAAUCAUCAAUAUCCCGAGACCCAAUGAUGCAAUUUGGAUGAGUCAGGUCUCAUUUUGAAGUCUAAAAAAAUACCUUUGAAAUAAAAAAAAAAAUUUGAAUUUCACUCAGUCGAUCUCGUGCUAUUGACGAUUAAAAACGUCUAAUUUUCGUUUUCUUCCUCUAAACGAGUUCACCGAAAUAAAAAAUAUCCAAUGAUCAAUAUUUCCAGACCGAACGAAGCAAUUGAGACAAAACAGGUCCAUUUCAAAGAUAUUUUGUCAGUCUUGAAAAUAAAUAAAAAAUUGUUGAAAUUCA